AUGGCCUCGCUGGACCUGCCCUACCGGUGUCCGCGGUGUGGGGAGCACAAGCGCUUCCGCAGCCUCUCCUCGCUGCGGGCGCACCUGGAGUACAACCACACCUAUGAGACCCUCUACGUCCUCUCCAAGACCAACAGCAUCUGCGAUGCUGCCGUCUUUCCCCUGGCCGCCGACGGGGCCUUGCUGACGCCAGCUGCCCGGCGGGACUACUUUGAGAGCACCUCCUUCCAAGGCAAGGACCAGCGCUUCUCCUGCGACCUCGUCCCCGCCGAGGAGCUGGAGCCGGCCCCGUCCUCCUCCCCUUCGCCCCGCUAUGUCCACGAGAUCGAGAUCCCGCUGACAGAGAUCUUCACCCGGGGCAAAGCCGUGGCACCGGCCCCCCCGCCGCCGGCCACUAUGGACGCUGCCUACGAGGAAGGCUUGGCCCGCCUGAAGAUCCGAGCCUUUGAGAAGUUGGAGGUGGACAAGCGGCUGGAGAAGCUGACGGAGGAGGUGGAGCAGAAGAUCGCCUCGCAGGUGGGCCGGCUCCAGGUGGAGCUGGACCGCAAGAGCUCGGAGCUGGAGAAAGCCAAGCAGGAGAGCCUGCGGCUCAGUCGGGAGAAGCAGGAGCUGGAGGACCGGGCAUCUGAACUGUCCCGCCAGGUGGAUGUCAGCGUGGAGAUGCUGGCCUCCCUCAAGCAGGACCUGGUGCAGAAGGAGCAGGAGCUCACCCGCAAGCAACAGGAGGUGCUGCAGAUUGACCAGUUCCUGAAGGAGACGGCUGCCCGCGAGGCCAACGCCAAGGUCCGCCUCCAGCACUUCAUCGAGGAGCUGCUGGACCGGGCGGACCGGGCUGAGAAGCAGCUCCAGAUCAUCAGCAGCAGCUGCGGCACCACCCCAAACGGCAGCCUGGGACGUUGCGGCACGCCGGGUGUCAAAGCCGCCGGCCGACCGAGAGAUCGGCACCCGGGACCAGGGGCAGCUGUGCAUGGUCCUUAUGGCGUGUCCAACCAACGCUCCUCCUCCAGCACUGGGGCCUCAAGCCGGGCGAAAGCCGUGUCGCAGAGCUCAGGCUGCUACGACAGCGACAGUGCAGAGCCAUGCCCCACCGACGAUACCGCCGACGGGCAUCCCUACCUGGUGCGGGAUGGUGCCCGGGGCUCGGGGCUGCGCCGGCAAGCCAUCCAAAACUGGCACCGCCGGCCCUACCGCAACAGCACCGAGGGCGAGGAGGGCGACGUCUCCGACGUGGGCUCCCGCACCACCGAGUCGGAAGCCGAGGGCUGGGAGCCGGAGGCACCUGGAUCCGCUGCAUCCCGCCCCGGCGGCAGCUGCCGGCUGACGGCCAGGACCGAGGGGGCCGGGGGCAAGGCGGGCCGGCUGGAGAGGGGCAGCCCGGGCCACUCCAGCGAGGUGAUCAGCCCUGAGAUCCUCAAGAUGCGGGCGGCUCUUUUCUGCAUCUUCACCUACCUGGACACCAAGACCCUGCUGCGGGCGGCCGAGGUGUGCAAGGACUGGAAGUUCGUGGCCCGGCACCCGGCCGUGUGGACGCGGGUGCUGCUGGAGAACGCCAGGGUGUCCUCCAAGUUCCUGGCCAUGCUGUCUCAGUGGUGCACCCAGAUGCACUCCCUCACCCUCCAAAACCUCAAGCCACGCCAGCGAGGGAAGAAGGAGAGCAAGGAGGACUACAUGAAGAGCACGCGGGGCUGCCUGGAAGCUGGGCUGGAGUCCCUGCUGAAGGCGACGGGCAGCAACCUGCUCAUCCUCCGCAUCUCGCACUGCCCCAACGUGCUGACGGACCGCUCACUCUGGCUGGCCAGCUGCUACUGCCGGGCCCUGCAGGCUGUCACGUACCGGAGCUCUACGGACCCCGUGGGUCAUGAAGUCAUCUGGGCCCUCGGAGCAGGUUGCAGGGACAUCAUCUCCCUCCAGGUCGCACCUCUGCAUCCGUGCCAGCAGCCGACGCGUUUCAGCAACCGCUGCCUUCAGAUGAUCGGCCGGUGCUGGCCGCACCUGCGGGCUCUGGGCGUUGGAGGGGCAGGCUGUGGCGUCCAGGGACUGGCGUCCUUAGCCCGAAACUGCAUGCGACUUCAGGUCCUGGAGCUGGACCAUGUGGCAGAGAUCAACCAGGAGGUUGCGGCGGAGGUGUGUCGAGAGGGGCUGAAGGGGCUGGAGAUGCUAGUUCUGACCUCAACACCGGUCACCCCCAAAGCCCUGCUGCACUUCAACAGUGUGUGCCGGAACCUGAAGUCCAUCGUCGUGCAGGUGGGCAUUGUGGACUACUUCAAGGAGCCCCACAGCCCUGAAGCCAAGAAGAUGUUUGAAGAAAUGGUGAACAAACUCCAGGCCCUGAGGAAGAGACCCGGCUUCUCCAAGAUUUUACACAUCAAAGUGGAAGGAGGCUGUUAG